AUGAGUUUGAAGCGGGCCCGUUUCGAAGAGCGCGCUAGUGUCAGUGUGGACGCCUUGUCUUCCAGGGAAACCUUUGAAGAGUCAGAGCCUGUUCGGGAGGCUGCCAAGAAGUUUCGGGGGGUGUUGGUGGAAAGAUACUUGGACGGCAGAGCAAGCGCAUCAGACACCUGUCUUUUGGCGUACUACCACACAGAGGCUGGCGGACAAGGUGCCGAGGACUUGGCGCUGAAGCCAUCGUCCGCCAGCCGGCACUCCGCAGAACACCUGAGGUGCCACCUUGGCAAAGAGUUCCCUGAACCCGAAGUUGAGUUUAUCGACGUUCCUAUGCACCUGAAGAAAGCUAUUGGAAGACAGGUGGUGAAGCAUCCCGCACGAAUCACCUCUGCAAUGAUACGCGAUGAACUCCUGCGUUUGAAGGUUUUGGGGCCUGACGCUACGCCUGCUGCAGUGUCAAAGUUUUUGAAAGCAGAUGAUUCCCUGGGCGAUUUGUACAAGCUACACCCUGUAACCUUGCAAGCCUUGUCUGAGGGCUACCAAACCCAAGCAAUUGUCCCUUUAUCCGUCUUCUUUGAUGGUGUGGUGUGUUCAAAGAACGAAAGCUUUCUCGGAUCUUCCGAGUUGUGCCAAUGUGGAUGCCGGGGCUGGUGCAGCGUGUUUCCACUCUUAGAACACUUCAAACAGGAUCUUUCUAGCAGUCGGGAUGUCAAGCUUCCCAUAUUGGACAUCAAAGCGGAUUGGCCCGCGUUGGUAGAGUUGGCCGGCCUUCGAACAUGGUCUCAUAAAACACACCCGUGCCCAUGCUGUUUGGUCAACCAGCGUGACUUAACUGAUCUUGGGCAAUUCACAUUCAAGACUCACAAGCACGCUUCGUUUGACAAAGAAUUGUACGAUGCUGUGGUGGAAGCCAGCUUCAAGGGCGCCAGACUUGAACCUUCCGCAGAGCUUCCAGAUGUCUCCCUCUUCGAGACAAAGCCGACCCCUUUCCGUUGUUUGUUUUACAUUGCUGGGCCUCAUGCGCGGGUGCUCCACAAAUCGCCGUUACUGGAGAUUCCGGGUCUGUCACUAGAUUCUUGGUGUAUCGAUAUCCUCCAUACUUGGCAUUAUGGCCCUAUGUCGACCUACUUGGCCUACACGAUGCGUCAAUUGUUGGCAAGCCCAAUCUUCCAGCCUGGCAUUGCAGCGUUUCUAGACAAGGAGGAGUGUGAGAAAAUGUGUCUCAUGGCCUUGAAAGCUGAACUUUGGAUGCAUUGCAAGAGGCGCAGGGAAACAGACCCUGAGUGGAGCAAGAAGGGUUCCGAGGUGUGGAACCUGACACUUACGAUGAUCGCUUCAAAGCAUUUGAGGGCUAAAGCUGCUGAGACUCAUGGUUUGUUGCUGUUUGUCGUGGAGCUGCUACAGAAAUACAAGCCCCAGCUAAUAUUCGAUGGAAACACCCCUGAGCAAAACCUGAAGUUUCAGCUGCUGCUUGCUGCUGGUGAUGCUGCUCUUGCAUUUGACAAGAUUCUUGCCGAGCAUGAGCGCAGUGUCGAGGAGCAGUCACUCUUCCUACUCUUCAGCCGCUACAACGAAUUUGCAAAUUUGUGUGCCCGAGCGAAGGUGCCCCUCAUUCCCAAGACACAUCUCAUGUUUCAUUUGAUACAGCGCGCUAGCGUCAAAGGCAACCCGAGGGUCUACUCAACAUACAAAACAACGGGGCCGUGGCACAAGUGUGCAGAUCAGUUCACCGUCGUAACUGGGCAAUGUCUGUGUACCGGAAACUGGCGAUGCUAG